UUGCAAUGGCAACACGAAGAAGAGCCGCCAAAGAGGAAGCAAGCCAGCCAGCAAUAACAAACAAACAAACCAGACAACAGAGCAAUCUUUUAUCUUCUCAACGACAGAUGAACAAAACGUCCUACUAUAUACCCCCAACUUUAUGCUAUAACGUGCGUAAGUCCUGCAUGUGAGACAUCGAGCACUCUGUCGUGUAAAGGAUUGAGCUCUUAUCUAACGUUUACCAAAACAAGUCGCGCAUCAGCUAGCGCUAAUCCUUCGUGGCUAGCGUUUUCCCGAACACGAACAAGACCUCGGCCGCUACAUUGUCAAGUCACACUCAUUUUACACAGUGACAUGUGAGAGAGCCAGGGGAGAAAGCUGGGACCCAUUUCAACGGUGCUGUGACAUUAGCAGCUUAUCCGCUGCAACCAACCUUCCAAGGAUGCUUCAUCAAGGUGGGUGGUGGAUGGGAGUGCGCUGGACUCUCCUUGCCAUCAUGUUCUGCUGCUUACCUCCCUCGCCCACACAUGCAUAUAUCUAUGCUCAUUAUAGAAAUAUCACCAUGUUGUUUGAGGAUCUACCAGCACUGUUUGGAUCACCACUUCCUAAGGAAGGAAUCAUGGGAGUCUUAGUGGUGGCCCGUCCUCUUAAUGGCUGUGCAACAAUUGACCCUCCUCCUCCACUGCCACCAUUUUAUGAUACCAACAUCACGAAAUUCGUAGCGCUCAUCAGACGCUAUGAUUGCAAUUUUGAUCGAAAGGUCCUGCAUGCGCAGCAAGCUGGGUACAGUGCUGCAAUCGUUCACAACAUGUACUCAGACUCUUUGCUCAAUAUGAACUACAGCAAUUAUACUAUCGCAGAGCAGAUUGGCAUCCCCUCAGUGUUCACCAGCUACUAUGCCUCCCAAGUUCUCAAGAAUUUCAUAAUUCCAGAACAAGGAGCCUAUGUGAUUCUCAAGCCAGAGUUUGCUUUCCCACUCUCGUACUACCUUAUUCCCUUCACCGGAGUGGUUGGCAUGAUCAUUCUUGUGAUGUUUAUUAUCUUGGUUAUACGCUGUGCACAGCACAGAAAGAGGUUGAGGAAAAACCGCUUGUCCAAGGAACAACUGAAGCGGAUCCCUACUCACAAAUUCACCAAAGGGGAUGACUAUGAUGUGUGUGCCAUAUGCUUAGACGAGUAUGAAGAAGGAGACAAACUGCGGGUUUUACCCUGUUCGCAUGCUUACCAUUGCAAGUGUGUGGACCCGUGGCUGACCCAGACCAAGAAGACGUGCCCCGUGUGCAAACAGCGAGUCACCCGCAGCAACCCCGAGCACUCGGAGUCCGAGUCCGAGGAGGAAACCGGAGGCCGAGGAGAAGAAGAAGAAACGGAGGGUGAGGCCGAUUCGGAGCGCACGCCUCUGCUCCGCGCUUCGAACCAGGGCUCCCCUUCUGGGGCUCCGGGGGCGUAUUCCGCCACCACCGCAGCUACGGUGACCACCGCUCAGUGCGUCGCCUCACCGGCUCACAGCGACUCUCCCAUCCUCGGUUUCGAAGGCUACUAUUCGCCCAAGGAGGACACGGACUCAGAGAGCAAUGACACAGAAGAUGAGACCCACCACGUUGACGAUGACACCGCUCAGCUCAUUGGUAGGGCUACAGUGCACAUCUGAGGGCGGGAACGUCAACUUGACUUCACAUGAAAAGGGCCUUACUGUCACAACCUUGAUGUUCUUGGUAUAUUUAGCACACUGUCCGAAAAAGUAAUUUUGUUCUCUUGCAACCACACGCAGGUCAAUCUUACCGACACACAAAUUGAUCGGUUUGACUAAACUGUCUCAUUACAAAUGAAUGCAUAGCUAAACCUGCAACAAUUGAAAGAAUGACUCCGUCAAAAUCACAGGUUGAAUGAAUGCUGAGCUCAUACCCGCGUUAAGCCAUGUUGAGAGAAGCACGGACACCUGAUCUCGCCUGCAUCAUGAUUCCUUCAUACGUGUUAGUCCGUCCUCUUCAUCUGUCUUAUAUUGCACACUUUAGAUUGCGUAUUUUAGAUUUUCUUAAUCACACACUAAGAUAUAUAUACUCUUACAUAGUUCUGCAAUAUAUAUAUUGUUAUUGCUUAUUAUUAUUAUAUAUAUAUAUAAAAAUAUAGAAGUGUCAAUGUUUUUUUUGUCAAAUGCCCCCCCCCCCAAUGUUUCUGGUGAGCUUCUGUGCAGUGUGCCUCUGUUCAAAUUCAGAUGAUUUUUGGAGCGUUAUCAAGUACAUAAUUUUAUGACUUGCACUUAUGAGGAAAAAUGAAAACUGCUCACUUGCAAAGAAAAAAGUUUGUGAUUGCGCUUCUGCUUCAUGAUAGAUAAUGCUGUAAUGGUGUGACAACAUUUUUCCAUGGGUGCGGCCGCUUGUUACUUUAUGCAGUUUCUUCAUCCCACCACAAACUGUUUUUGUAAUUCCAGUGUGGUCGGAAGCUCUAAGUAAAGACGUAUUUUAAAUUAGUGGAGUUAGCGAAGGACAAACGCAUUGCCUUACUUUUGCCUUUAUGUAUGUUCAGAAACUUAAGGCUGACACUCCUAGUUUUUGUCAUGUGUCUUGUCUUUGUGCUGAUUUUUUGUUUUUAUUUUUUUAAAUGAAGUAGAGGUCCUUCACUUCCAAAAGUGAGUAAUGGACAGUGGUAGUCAUACUUAAUUUGCACACAAAAGAGAUUUUGUGUCACGUUCCCCUACAUUGGUCUGUGUGAGCUCUAGGCAGUUUAUUAUUCAAAACUUAAAAGUAAUAACACACUUCACACUUCCAGACUGGUUCGCUGCUUGGUGUGAAUACACUUUCCACUUUAUCUGAGAUUAUAUUCACGGUUGGAAUAUCUGUUAUAAAUGUGGUGUUUCAAUUUAAUUUCUAUUUUAUGCUUGAUUAUGUUGAGUUUACCGUUGUCAGUUUUCUCCCAGUCAUAAAACAAGAAAUUCAGAUUUUUCCAUUUGAUUGACUCACAUGUUAAAAUAACUAUUUUGUCCAUUUAAACGUCAUGUACAACAGUUCAACCAUCUCCAACUCAAUUUCAGUGACCGUUCUUGUUUGCCUGUGACGCCUGCUUUAGCAAUACAACAGCUGCUUUUAACAGAGGAAUCUCUAAACCCCACAUUUUCUGUCUUUUAGAAUUUGUGCUUAUCAGACUUUAUACAUUUAAAAUGUUGAGUUUAAAUACAGUUUAUAACGAAAAUGUGAUGAUGAUGCGGUUGUCAUAGUCAAUGGGAAGUGGGUAUUGAAUCCCUGAUCAAUGGAAGAUUAAAUUGAAAAUGAGUGAAAUCUUCAAA